AUGGUCAAAGACCAAAAGCUCUGGCGUGAGAUUCAGCUGCAGUAUGCCAAGCUUCGAGAGGAUGAGGUCGGCGCUGACCUUUUUCCACCGGAUGCAGGCAGUCCGAAUGCAGCGAGUCCAGCGAGUGGUCCAGCUCCCGGCGAGAUUCCGAGUGAAAAAAGUGAAAGACCAUUGUUUUACCGGGAUGGCCUGCGGCAGAAACACUGGGUGUUGACCUGUUGUUCCUUGAUGGUGAUGUGUGAAUGGCUGGACCGCAGCGUCUUGUCCAUUUGCAUGGAAUCGAUGAAGCUGGACUUCAAGAUGACUGACUUGCAGGUGGGUCUCUUGGCCUCUGCCUCUUUGUGGGUGGUCCCUGUUGCGACGGGUUUCAUCGGGCGCCUGGCCGACAUUUUGCCGCGCGCCAAGCUGCUGGGUGCGGGCGUGGCCAUGUGGGCCCUGUCCACCCUGCUCACGGGGCUGGCGAAGGACUUUGGGCAGGCCAUCCUUUGCCGCCUCGCUGCGGGCGUCGCCAACUGCGCCGGGUACCCGGUGGCGCUGGCGCUGCUCUGCGACCACUUCGAAACGGAGGAGCUGAGCACGGCCAUGGGCUUCUACCAUGCAGGUUCAGCCCUGGGAGGCCUCUUAGGCUUAGCAGUUGGCGGCUCCCUGGUGACGUCCGCGGGCUGGCGCUCCGCGUUUCUGCUGCUGGGGGCGCCACAGAUCAUCGUGGCGCUGCUGUUCAUCUUCACCAUCCCCAGUGGUUCCGCGUCCGUCGUCGGCGCUCCGGAGCGCAGCUGGGCCACGGAUCUGCGGGAGCUCAUGGGGCGAAGGGUCAUCCAGUUGCUGAUGCUUGGAUGGCACCUCACAGGCCUUCUCUCCGGCCACAUGCGUUUCCUGAGCGCCUUCGUGGAGCGUCAGCACCACCGCGCGCCCCGCGACAUCGGUCUGGUGCUGGGCCCCGUGCUGGGCGUCUGCGGCGUGCUGAGCGGCUUCGGCGCGGGGCACCUGGUGGACCGAUGCUACCGCAAGUGGCGCACCUUGCGGGUGAAUCUGCGCUUUGCCGCGCUGGGCGACGCCUUGGCGUUGCUGCUGGGCGUCCUGGCCAUCGAGGCCACGAGCUUCGAGGAGCUGGUCCUUUGGAGCGCGCUGGGCACCUGCAGUGGAGCCUUGCGCCAGGGGCUGCAGGCCGUGAUCCAGGCGGAGAGUCACGGCGUGCGCGGCACGGUGCAGGGGAUGCUUGAGACCUGUUGGGCGCUGGGCAUGGCGCUGGGACCGAUCCUCACCGGCUGGAUCUCGGACUUCUUUGGCGAGUCGCCCAGCUGCGAUGAGGCCUGUGCCCUCAGGAGAGCCCUGCUGCUCUUCGGCACCCUGGGCCUUUUCCUCCGCAGCGCCACUUGGUGCAGCAUCUCCGCCGUCGCGUUGGAAGCGCAGCGCGCGGCGUCCAACGGCGCUGAAGCGGCGCCGGAGCCGGUGAACCAUCGCAUGAUGCGGAAGAGUGAAGAUGGGCUGCAGAGAUUGGAGGUUUGGGCCAAUGGCAGUCUGGAGCAACCUGUGGUCGUGGCACCUUCCGGAAUGAUGGGCAACAGCGGCAUGUCCAUGGGUGGAAUGUCCAUGGGCGGAAAUACCAAUGGCAUGACAGUGCAAAGUCAAGUUCCGGUUGCCAGUGUGGCCAGUGGGGCUGCAGCUACCACUGCUCCCACCACAGUUCCCACCACAGCAGCAACAACCGCAGCAGCUACCACAGCAGCAGCAACCACUGUAGCGGCGACCAGCACGGAAGAGACGACCACUGAGGAAGAGAAAGAGGAGAAGAAGGAUGAUGAAAAGGCUUCUAACAGCACCAAUGGCACGGAAAAGAUGAUUGUUGUUUCGGCCGCAUCUCCCCCCGCGAAGGAGGAGGAGACCGAAGGGGAAGACGCCAAGAAAGCUGCCGUCGACAGCGACGCCAGUAGCAUGAUUAUCAUGGUGGGUGCGUUCGUCUCCUUGAUGCUGAUCGUGGGCUGCGGUGUCUUCUUCCUCUCCUGGAGGGACAGCGGUGGCGCCAAGAAAUCUGCAGGCACCGAGGAGCGCCGCAAGUCCGCGGACUCGGGGGAGGCCACCCGCGCGAAGAAAACCUUGCGACCCUCCAAGUUGGAACCGCCCAAUGACUCCCAGGCAAUGUGGCGAUGUGGCGACUGGUGGGGGCGAAUCCAAAUCAGGGAUGGCACGGAGGGCCCCAGCAUGCAGCGGCGAUCCUCCUACAAGGAACGGAGGAGUAAGUCUCAAGAUCGAAGUCCAUCAGAAGGUGAAGCUGCAAAAGCCAAACCGGGAGCCUCACCAGGAGCCCGCCGCAGCAGCCGAAAGGAGCCAGCGUCGAGCGCCGCGGCUGAGUCCCCGGCAGCAGCUGCGCCGGCUGCGCCAGCUGCGCCAGCUGCGCCAACACCAGAAGCUGCAGGCGCUGACUCCGUGGAGCCUAGAGCUUCAUCCUACCGGGCGCGACGGGAGGCCAGCCGAAGUCGCGACAAGGCACCGCCUCACAAGGCCGACGACUUGGAUUUCUAGUGGCCCUGGCGAAUCUACCACGAUCCGUGGUCG